AUGAUGACAGAGCAACCUGUUCCUGUUUUAGAGGAAAAAUAUUACCAAAAUGUUGUUUUAGGAGAUUUUUAUGUCAGUGCUAUAACAGAUAAAAAACAUACAUCCAAUAUUAUAAGCUCUUUAACAGAAGAAAGACCAUUGAAGGAAUUCAGUUACUUGAAGCGAGUCAGAAGUACUUCUAGAGAUGGAAACCUUCAAGUACUAUUAUGUUACAAAGAAGAAAUAAGUAGUCACUGUGUAGGUUUAGAGUCAGUAGUAGAUACUGAUAAACAAUACACCCAACAUCUUACUAAACCAUAUUUAGUCAAAGUACCAAUUAACCCACCAUUGACUAAAAAACAGUACGCAGAAUCCUGUUUAUACUGGCCAUGUUCAUUUCAUGAAGAUAAACAAAUCACCAAACUUCUCUCAGGAAAAUAUUUUAAUGAUAAAGAACUGUCUGUGAUAAAUGAAAAUAUGAAGAGAACAGUGGAGAUGGCAGAAAUAGCCAAAAAGAAAAAUCAGAAAACUAUAGGAGCAGUAAUAACAGAUCCUACAAGUAAUACUGUUAUAGCUAAAUCUCAUGAUUUAAGAUUAAAGGAUUAUCCUCUACAACAUGCUGUUAUGGUUGGUAUUGAUUUAGUUGCUCAAUCACAAGGUGGGGGAAUGUGGAAUAUUGAUGAUCCUGACCAAUAUCAUAACAAGAGUAUUAAAGAAGAUGGUACAGAAGAGAAGACCACAAUAAAAACAGGACCAUAUUUAUGUACAGGUUAUGAUUUAUAUGUUACACAGGAGCCUUGUGUCAUGUGCGCUAUGGCAUUAGUUCAUAGUAGAAUAAAACGAGUAUUUUAUAUACACAAUGAUAAAGAGGGUGCUCUAGGAACUUGCUAUAAAGUACAUACAGAGAAAGGUUUAAACCAUCAUUAUAGUGUGUUUCAAUUUCAGUACAAUCCAACUUGA